UAGGAGCCAAUGAAAUUGGAGCGUGUAGAAAACGAGACGCAACUUCCACGUUAAUUAUUGUUUCUUUGUUUGUUUAGCGUAGGGAAAGGUAGAGAACGUCGUUCUGAAAGAGUAAAUUGGCGCAGGGAGAGAGAGAGGCAUUGCCAGUCGCUGUCUCUCUCAAAGGUCAAAACUUUCUCUCUCCAACCCCAAAAACACGCUACUUGUUUUCUCUCUCUAUCCCAUCGAUUCAAUUUCUUUGAAAAAAAAAGAAGCUUACAGAUCGAAACCUUAACUUUCGAUCUCUCUCACACAUUUCCUUCGAUCGAGAUCGGGAAAAAUGAUCGUGUUUGGUUUAGGGGAUUCCCGGAGAGAAGUUCUGGUGGCCGUAGUAGUGUAAUAUUUUGUUAGUCAUUUGGGUUUUAUUGUAGAUUUUAUCUUGAUAAAAGAAUGGAGUAGCCUCAUAUCAGCUGUAUCUUCAUUUAGGGGUCUUUGGAUUUGGGGUUAAUUGAUGAUGGCGACGCCUUAAUCUGGGAGAAUUUGGGAACUUGGAUUGGGAUAAGAUAUAUGGGAAUUGGCUUAGCAGAUUCAAAAAUUUGAGUUCUUGAGUAGUGAAUUUUGCGGGGAGCUAAAUAGAGCUAAAACUGUUAAAGAAUAUUUAGUAUAUUCUCAUCUUUGAAUUUUUGUAGAAAUGAGCUUAGAAAAUGAAGGACAGCAUUCCUUAGAUCAGCCUGCGGAUACCAGUAAGGAACCUCAAAAGAAACCAAGAAUUUCAUACACCAGAGACUUUUUAUUGUCAUUGAGUGAACUGGAUGUUUGCAAAAAUUUACCCCUGGGUUUUGAUCAUUCAAUUUUGAGUGACUUUGAGGAUACAUCACAAGAUCGGCAAAGAAUUCCUGGCACCUUGUCAGGUUAUAGACGUAAUGAAUAUAGUUCUUCACCACCUACAAGAGGAGACUAUUCCCGGGGCAUUCAUGGACGAUGGGACAGCCGUUCUAGUGGAAAGAGUGAUAGAGACAGUGAUACUCAAUCUGAUUGGGACUCUGAUCAUGGAAGACGCCAUGGUAAUCAAUCCCGGCGGUCUUGGCAAGGUCCUGAUCAUGAUGGGCUUUUGGGGAGUGGUUCUUUUCCUAGACCGUCUGGAUAUAUGGCCGGAGCUUCUGGUCCAAAGGUUCGAGCUAAUGACCAAUACCAUCUUAAUAGAAGUAAUGAGCCAUACCAUCCACCUCGCCCUUAUAAGGCUGUACCUCAUUCAAGGAGGGAAACUAAGGACUCAUAUAAUGAUGAAACAUUUGGUUCCGCUGAGUUCACUAGUGAAGAUAGAGCAGAAGAGGAAAGAAAGAGAAGAGCUUCCUUUGAGUCAUGGAGGAAGGAACAACAGAAAGCUUUCCAGGAGAAGAAGAUUAAUCCUGAACGGCGUAAAGAUGACUUCGAUAUUUCUGAAUUGCUAAAGGACUCCAAAGGUGAUAAAGGAGUUGCAAAUAGAAACAAGGAAUCGGAUGAAUCUAUUCCAGCAUCAAAUAUUGUUUCUGACAAAACUUCUCUUCACUCACAAACUCCUGCAUCUAGACCACUUGUACCACCUGGUUUUACGAGCACAGUUUUGGAAAGGAAUGUUGGAACCAAAAGUUCAAUGCACUCCCAUUCUUCACAGGUUGGGAGUUCUGAAAUUGAUGGCAACCUUUCAGAGUCCAAAGGCAGCCUUCUUAUAAAUGGGAUUUCUGAUGAUCUUUUGGGCAAACAUUCUAAGCAGUGUGAAGAGGAAACUUUGAGUGAGCAGAGGCUUGAAAGUAAAAACAUUCACCUUUUAGACAAUAUUAAGAGUGUGAAGGCUCCAAAUACCCCAUCAGCUUUAGAUAAAUUUAAUGACACAGUAAGCAAGGAUUCCCAAAUAUACAAGAGUUCUAGUCUUUCAGAAGCCUUUAUAGCCCCUGGGAAUGGUGAAGUAACUGAACUUGAUUCCAAGAAGCUCGUUGCUGAUAAAAUUGUGACUGAAACCAACCAGGAUGGUUCAAUUUCAAUUCUAGACAAGCUUUUUGGAACUGCUGUAACAGCAAAUGGAGGUGGCUCCACUAAUAUCACUGCGCCUAAUGACAGCAACACAGAUGAGACAUGGGCCUCUGACAAUUCGCAUUCUUCUAAGUUUGCUCAUUUGUUUCUUGAUGAAGAAAAGAAGCCUACAGAUGAUUUCUCCCUUGGCAGGCCAAAAGACUUACUCUCUUUUAUUCAGGGUGGUGAAAAAGGUGGUUCCCAUGAUAGGAUAGCUACUAGGCAUGUAGAGGCAAACUUUCCAUUUGAAAACUCUGAACCUGCGGACGGGCAUGUUAUAUCAAAUUUGAUGUCUCCUAGAAUUGAAAACUCUGAGCAAUCAUGGAAUAUUAAGGAUGUCAAUAAAUUAGCAGCAGUUCCAACUGUCCUCACAUGCGAGGAUCUUGAAAAGUCAAUUCUGUCCGAAGGCACUGAAAAUGAUCCGAGGUUGCCUCCUGCUAUUGAAGGACGGAAAAUAGCUGAUGUCAAAUGUGAGAAGCAAGAAGUUAUUAUUGACAAUCAUGCAUCCCAGCACCUUCUUUCAUUGUUACAAAAUAAAACAAGUGUGAAAAACAUAGCAUCACCUUCCAAUCUUGACGUUGGGUCUCCAGAAAGGGUACACACUGUUGAAACAGCAAGUGUUGAUAUGGCACCUUGUGAUUCAAUAGACACAAAUGCAGAAAAUGCUUCCAGUUCAGGGAAGAGUCUAACUCUUGAAACACUUUUUGGAAGUGCUUUCAUGAAAGAACUACAAUCAGUUGGAGCACCAGCUUCUAUUCAGAGGGCCUCAACGGAUUCUGCAAGAGUUGAUAUAUCCGAAUCUAACUGGCUUCCCCCACAUGUUACAGAUGACAGUCUUCUUCCUUCUGCAGGUCACAUUGUGUCAAACAGGACUAAUUUUGAAAAAAAUAUUUUACCAUUUACCCAGAGAGAGCGAAUGAAAUCUGAUGGCAUUGAAGAGCAUUUGUUAGGCUAUAAUGAUGCUCCAUCUGCAGCAGAUUCAUCACGUAUCCGAGCUGGAUUAGGAUCUAAACUUGGUGGUUUUGAUGGAUCUGCUGAAAUUGGACUUCCUGAAGAGGAUAGUUUGCUUGGUGUCAGUAAUCCUGUGAAACUCCAGAAUUUCAUGGCUGGUAGUGCAAAAUCAGAGUUACUGCCCUCCCAAGAGACACCGAUUGAUGUUGCUGAGAAGCUAGUAGCUUUAAAGGCCAUCUUCCAGGAUGAAAGACCUGUGGUAGGAGGGAAAGAAGGUCCCGUUUUUCUUCCUGGUCCCUAUGACAUGAGGGAUCCAGAUAUUCCAUCACUAAAUGUCCAACCAUCUUCUCCACUGCUUCAUCCUCAAUUGAAUCAUGGAGGUCCUAUGCUUCAUCCAUUAGAUUCUCAUCGCUCUAACAUCGGUUCUCAGGUGAAGUUCGUGGCUCCAGAAGGCAUGAUCCAUCAUGAUGCCCCACCAAAUCAUCAUUUACCUGCAAAUAUGCUUCAUCCUCUCCAUCAUCCUAGCAGUGGACUAACUGGAUUUGAUCCUCCGAUUCAUCAUCCUAUGUUACAACAAAUGCAUAUACCCGGAAACUUUCCUCCAAUCAUGCAACGUGGAAUUCCCUGUGUUCCACCGCUGGCACCUCAUUCAACUAAUCAGAUGGCUGGUUUGCUACCUGAAUUGAAUCCAAUGCAUGGUUUUCCAUUGGGGCAUGGUCACCGGCAGCCCCAACCCAACUUUGCUGGUCUUGGAAUGCCUCCAGGUAAUGAUGUCGGCAGUGGGAGCCAUCAUCCUGAGGCAUUGCAGAGGCUUAUUGAGAUGGAACUCAGGUCAAAGUCGAAGCAGAUGGGCCCUUUUGGUGCACCUGGCCAUAGUCAAGGCCAAGGUAUGUAUGGUCAUGAGCCAGACAUGGGUUUUCAGUAUAGAUAAUGGCAUUGGUUGUAGUUUUGCCCUAUCCCCAGUGGAUUGUUUCUCCUAGAAUUGAGGAUAGGUUUGAUGUUCUUAAUUCAGGAGGGAUUUCUCUGGCUUACUGUAAUUAAAAUGGUCAUUAUCAUAUUUGAAAUUGGCAUUUGGUUGCAAUUGCCUCUUUGUUCUUUUUGUCGUUUUGGUGUUAUUCUGAGCUUUAAGUUUUUACUAAAGUGAAAAUGAUUGAACCUAACCUCACAA